GGAAGAGACUGAGGAACAGAGAGAUCUGCUGGAAGUGAAGGUGGAAAGUGAAGAAGUGAAUGAAGAUCAUCAGAAGAUCAUGACUGCAGAACAAUCACAGACUGAAGAUGAUUUCUCCCAGAAGAGAACAGGAGCCAAGAAAUCUCCGUUCAUCUGCGCUCAGUGCGGGAAGAGUUUCACGCUCAAAGUCAACCUUAACAGCCACAUUAGAAUCCACAGCGGAGAGAGAAACUACAGCUGUCUGCAGUGCGGCAGCAGCUUCUUCAAGAACGCAGACCUGAAGAGACACCUGCAGACUCACAGUGGAGAGAAACCCUUCAGCUGCUCGCACUGCUCCAAGAGCUUCACACGCAAGGAGUCCAAUAUUCAGCACCAUUUAGCCGCACCAUAG